UGCCAUCUAUUAUCUUUAACCAGAUUCUAUUGGUCGUACGGAGAUGCAGACAAAUGUUUAAGAAUUAUAUUGCUGAUGAGCAGUUCAACCUAAAAGCACUAAUUAAAAAUAUAGAAAAAGUUUCUCUGGAUCUGAAGAAGAUGGAUGAGCUCACCAAGUUACUUCUGUGUGAUCUUAUUUUGCAUUUUAGUCACCCUGUGAAGACAGAAGCUAUAGCAAAAGUAGAAGAAAACAACAUUGUUUCUGAAGAGUUUAAAAUAUCAGAUCAAUUAGAGUUAGUUCCUACUUUGAGCAAUGAUGUCUGAAUGUUAAAAAGCAAGAAUUUCCCAUUUUCAGAUUGUUAAACUAUAUGUAUAAAGGUAAUCCUAGAUUUAAAAGAUGACGGUUUUAUUAAAACUUUCAUUAAAUGUUGACUGAUUUGGAAGGUAA